AUGGAUUUUGUCACCAAAUUGCCCAAAACACCUAGAAACCAAUUCGGCACGAUUUGGGUGAUUGUUGAUAGGUUGACGAAAAGUGCCUUGUUCCUUCCCAUUCGCGAAGCAUCAUCAUCCGAGGUUUUGGCAAAGAUAUAUGUUAAAGAAGUAGUGGCAAGGCAUGGACUUCCAAUCUCCAUUGUGUCGGAUAGGGAUACUCGUUUCACUUCUCACUUUUGGCGGAAAUUUCAAGAAGAAAUGGGUACAACUCUAAAGUUUAGUACCGCUUAUCAUCCUCAAACCGAUAGCCAAAUGGGACAAAGAGAAAUUGGUGGUACAGAAGUGAUUUUGAAGACAAUUGAGAAGAUUGAUGUGAUUAAGGAAAGACUUAAGGCGGCCCAAGAUCGACAAAAAUCCUAUGCGGACAAACGAAGAAGACCGAUUGAGUUCGAUGUGGGAGAUCGUGUUUUGUUAAAAGUGUCUCCAUGGAAAGGCGUCCUACGAUUUCGAAAACAUGGAAAGUUGAGUCCCCGUUUCAUCGGUCCUUUCAAGAUUCUUGCUAGAGUUGGCAAAGUUGCAUAUCGUUUAGAAUUGCCCAAUGAGCUUUCAGGAAUUCAUCCCAAUUUCAUCGUUGAGAAUAUGAAAUUGGGGGUUUUUGCUAGUGAUGAGUCGAUGUAUGAAAUCCCCCCAAAUUAUUGUAUAUAA